GGGGGCUGGGGGCGGGGCCGGGGCGGGGCUCGGCCGGGAGCGCAGGGCCUGCAGUGUGCGCCUAGCAGUGUCCCAGCCGGGUCCGCGCAGCCAUGGGGCAGAUCGAGUGGGCCAUGUGGGCCAACGAGCAGGCGCUGGCGUCCGGCCUGAUCCUCAUCACCGGGGGCAUUGUGGCCACUGCUGGGCGCUUCACCCAGUGGUACUUCGGUGCCUACUCCAUUGUGGCGGGUGUGUUUGUCUGCCUGCUGGAGUACCCCCGUGGAAAGAGGAAGAAGGGUUCCACCAUGGAGCGCUGUGGGCAGAAGUACAUGACCGCCGUGGUGAAGCUGUUUGGGCCCCUCACCAGGAACUACUACAUCCGGGCCGUCCUGCACCUCCUGCUGUCGGUGCCUGCUGGCUUCCUGCUGGCCACCAUCCUCGGGACCGCCUGCCUGGCCAUCGCCAGCGGCAUCUACCUGCUGGCGGCCGUGCGCGGCGAGCAGUGGACGCCCAUCGAGCCCAAGCCCCAGGAGCGGCCGCAGGUCGGAGGCACCAUCAAGCAGCCGCCCAGCAACCCCCCGCCGCGGCCUCCGGCCGAGGCCCGCAAGAAGCCCAGCGAGGAGGAGGCGGCGGCGGAGGGCCCCUCGGCGGGCCCCCAGGACAACCCCAUCCCGGUGACCGACGACGUCGUGUGACCGCACCCCGGACCCGCCCGUGCGCCCGCACGCCGCCAGGGGGCGCCCGCCCGCAAUAAACGCAGCGAAGCCCGGA